CCCCUCCUCCUACCAAACCCAACAAAGGUUCAAACUUUUUGCUGAAUGGAGAGGGGCGGCCUCUUCUUUGGCUUCCAAACCAAGACAAAAUCAAAUACUACUUCUCCACCUUUGCUUACCCCCUAAAGCACCCAACCGUAAAACACUUAAUUGUAGCCCAAAAGUUCAGAGCUUUGGACACGGAGAGAGUGUCCAAGUAAUGCUUCCUAAACAAGAAUCUCCUAAUCAUGCCAUUGUUCCCUAUACGUGUUCUUAAGCCCAGUUUCUGUGGCUUCCAUUGCAGACCAGAAGGCUUCCGAAAACCCACCCAUUUUUAGUGUUCAUCUUCUGCUAUUCACUUAACUUAGAAUGACUACUACAGCUCCAGCUAAAAUACUCAUAGGCAUCUCUCUCAAUUCAGAUGAAAGCAAAGAGCUUCUCUCCUGGGGAAUCAGGAUUCUAGCCCAUCCGAAUGACACCGUCAUCGCCUUACACGUUCUUGUUGGAGAACAGAGGAGGAAGCUUGAGUUGGCUGCAAAUAAUCAAACACUGCAUCGUCGCGCAAAGGCUUUCGUUAUAUCUGUGAUGAGCGAGUUUGCCAGAAUCUGCCAAUCUAAGCAGGUCAACCUGGAGGCUAGAGUUGGGUUUAGCUCCAGCAUUGGAAGAGGACUAAUUGAGGAAGCAAACAACGUAUCAGCAGAAUUUCUUCUUGUUGGUCGCCCCAAAAACAAAUCAAACAGAGUUAAGCGUGAAAUUACCAGGUACUGCUUUGAGCAUGCCCCGGAAAGCUGUUCAGUGGUUUCGGUCAGGAAAUGUGUCCUCCCACGACCACGAAUAAAUUCAGAUCCAAAGCCUUCCCAAAUCGAAGAUAUUGGCCGGGUGAAUUCUAGGUGGUUGAGCAAGAGUAACCGCCAUAUUGCCAAGGCUGUCUCCUCAAUCCAAAAGCCUCAAUUCCCGGAAACUAAGAGAGGAAAGCCUUCACCAAGAAGGGUGCUAGACUUAUUUGAAGGGGAAUCAAACAGCACAGAGGAAGAUAGCUCGAGCUUCGGGGAUUCCAACAUUACAGAGUCCCCUCCCCUGGCUCCCGGAUUGAAAAGUGAAUCGAAUCUUCGAAAGCCACCAUCACCAUUUAAGCGCAUUUCCUCUUUCUUCCGUUCAUCAUUAGAUUCGAGUGGAAGAAGAAGAAAUGAAACCAUGUCCAAAAAAGAAAAGCAACAGCCCCUACUGAGGUGCUUUAGCUAUGAAGAAAUCUCAACUGCCACAAAUAAUUUCCACCCUGAUAAUUUGGUGGGCCGAGGAGGAUAUUCGGAGGUAUAUCGGGGUGAUCUUGAAGAUGGAAAUGUCAUAGCCGUGAAGAGGUUAGCCAAAGACAACAGAGAUGAAAAAAAGGAAAAAGAGUUCCUAAUGGAACUUGGCAUAAUAGGACAUGUCAACCAUCCUAACACUGCAGCCCUAGUUGGCUGCUGCAUUGAAAAUGGACUCCAUCUCAUCUUCAACUUCUCUCCUAAUGGGACAUUAGCUUCUGCUUUACACGGAAAAACAGACAAGCCGCUUGAGUGGCCGGUUAGAUACAAAAUUGCACUGGGGGUUGCUAGGGGUCUGCAUUAUCUUCAUAAGUGUUGCAAGCACCGAAUAAUACAUCGCGAUAUAAAGGCCUCCAAUGUGCUUCUUGGGCCAGAUUAUGAGCCACAGAUCUCAGACUUUGGACUGGCAAAAUGGCUUCCAAGUAAGUGGACUCACCAUGCUGUGAUUCCAAUUGAGGGCACAUUCGGAUACCUAGCACCAGAGUACUUCAUGCAUGGAAUUGUGGAUGAGAAAACCGAUGUUUUCGCAUUUGGAGUUCUUCUUCUAGAGAUCAUUACUGGCCGUAGGCCAGUGGAUUCGUCGAGGCAAAACCUUCUCCUAUGGGCAAAGCCACUCAUGGAAUCCGGGAACAUCUCUGAGUUAGUCGACUUGAGAUUGGAAGGCAGAUAUGACUCGGAUCAAAUGCACAGAGUGCUGCUUGCAGCUUCCUAUUGUGUAAGACAAUCCUCAAUAUGGCGUCCACCUAUGAGCGAGGUGUUGGAGCUACUAACAUAUGGUGAUGAAUCUGAGGUUUCUCAGAGUUGGAGGAUGCCAAAGUUCACAUCCGAGGAGAUGGAUGACUACUCUAUGGUUUUCGGAUACGAACUUCCAUCAGAUAUUACUUUGGAGGACAUCUAAUUACGGGCAGAUGCGUUCAGCUCCAUUGUUUCUCUUCUUUUCUCCUGUUUAGAUAUAGGGAGUUUGAUUAUAGAUAGAUGCAUAUGGAUAUGGUCAGCUCAGUGUAAUCCACAGGCAACCUAGUUUGUAGUUUGUUUCCUUGUAUCAGUACUAAUUCAAUAUACUGAGUUUUGUUUUUGUGUCUGUAGCUAGAUAUUGACCCUUUUCCAAUUUCCCUGGCCCUUUUCUUUCUUCUUUUUCCAAGUGUCCUAAUGAAUGUAACUUGUAUGGACAAAAUGGGUUGCUUCCAAAAAAUCUUGACCUGCCGA